GAGUCACACCUGUGAAAAUUUGAAAAAUUGAGAAACAGUAGUAAGUCAUAGUACUAAGUAACUAAGUAAUAGUACUGCACUACUACAACUACACUACCACAACUACACUUCUUCUACUACAACCACAAUGUCGGCUAGAAGCGAAAGAGCAUGCAUGCUCUGUGGAAUAAUCCAACCGUUUAAGAAGUUUGUGGAUCAAGGAUGUCCCAACUGUGAGUCACUAUUGCAUUUUCAAGAUAACGAAGAAGGACAAGUUCAAGAAUGUACUUCACCAGCUUUUGAAGGAUUGGUAGCCUUAGGAAAUGAUAACCGAGCCUCAUGGGUGGCAAGAUGGUUAAGAAUUGAUUCAUUUACUUCGGGACUUUAUGCUGUUAAAGUAAAUGGGAAAUUACCUCCUGAUAUAAUAAGUGAAUUAGAAUCUCAAAAUAUUGUUUAUAGACCAAGAGAUGGAAGUGCUGAAGAUUAAGAUUAGAUUAAUAUUAAGAUUAAUAUUAAGAUUAAUCUGAUUACAGUUAAUUUAUUGUAUAUUAUAUAAAAGUUCAAUUCUGUAUGUACUAAGUACUAAAUACUAUUAAGAU